GAAUAUGUUUCCGCAAGGUCAGCCGAAAUUCUUCAAAAGCUUGAAGAGGAAGGAUUCUAUAAAGGAAUCAGUUCGAUGGAUGGAAAUCGUGAAACAUCCUUGGAAAAAGUUACAAGGGAGUCGGCCAAGACAAUAGAAAAGCUUCAAGAGGAUGGAGAAAGUAAACCAUCGACUGCAAAGAUCGACGAGUUCGCACUGGCUACUAGCAGAAACAGGAAUAAUAUACAAGUAGAAGCGUCUUCAGUGGUGACAAAGGAAAAGGAAACCCUGUCUUCUGAGUUGAGGGGCAUGAAUCACCCAUAGUGGUUUUUGAAUGCAGCACAUGACAAGAAACGAAUUCUUUUGAUUCUAGACCUGAAUGGGGUCCUUGGUUCUUUUGGUUAUAGGAAAAUUCCAGAAUUGAGGCCUCACUGUCAUGAGUUUGUGCGCUUCUGUGUUGUGUCGUUUAAAAAAGUGGUGUUUUGGUCUUCAAUGACCAGGUACUCUUCCAGAUGUUUUCCUUAUUCGAAUCAUAUUUCCUAUUUGGAGAAUUUGAAUACUGGAUAUGUUUUUCUUCUCUUUUUUCUAAUCCCUGCAGUAUAAAUACUAAUAAGGCAAUGGAAAAGAUAUUCCCGCUAGAUUUGGACAGACAACAAAUCCAGAUAUGGAACCAAGCACAUUGCACUGAGACCAAAUUGAAGAUUCCUGAUCGUUAUAAAGCUUCCAAGCCAUGGUUUCUAAAGGUAACAGACCAAAUCAACACCCGUUUUUCAGGAAACUUCGAUCAUGCUUUAAACACUAUUAUGGUGGACGAUUCUCCAUUGAAAACAGUUAUUAAUCCACGCAACACAACUGUGUUCCCGAAAACAUGGCAUCCUGGGGAUGCGAAGGAUAACGCAUUAAGCAAAGAGGGAGCUAUCCGCAGUUUCCUCUAUAGUCUACUGCAUGAUGGGGAUAUCCGAGACCAUGUGCUAACAAAACAACCCAAACAUUUCCGUCAAGAGGAAGCUGAUAGCACAAUCGCUAUGGUUUGGGGUAAUUCAUGUUAUGCGACAAAAUUAAGAAAGAUUCUGGAACAGGAAAGAACAAAGGCCGGAUCUACAACAGUUGGAGAAAAAAAGGCCGGAUCUACAACAAUUGGAAGCUCUUGAUUUACAAAAUGGAGAGAGAUAUCAACUUAUAGAUUGGAUUCGCAGGAAGUUAAACCUUUAAAUCAACCACUUAAUAUCACCUAUCUGAUUUCCACUCAAUUGCUUCAAUACUCUUCAGAGUAUUGAAAUUGAACAUUUAAGAAAUAUGUUUCUUUGUUCACAUGAAGAAUAAUCCCUACAUUGAAAUAUGCCGAUGGCAAAACAUGUGAACAGGCAUUGUGUAAAUUAUCGAAAUGCCUUGGAUACACUAGGAUAAUGAAUAACUUGACGAGGCAGUGCACGAUUUGUAAAAAGGAUUCAGUGGUCCAGUGACCUCUCCAACUUUGUACUUUUAUUUAUAUAUGUAUAUAUAUAUAUAAUCGUACUUGCUUACAUUUUA